GGGAGCGGGAAGGAGCUGGUGGAGCUAAAGGUUAUCUGGAACAAGAACAAGUACGACGUGAAGUUUUGCCUGGACAGCACGGGGGCCGAGCUGAAGCAGAAGAUCCACUCGCUCACAGGCCUCCCACCUGCUAUGCAGAAAGUUAUGUUCAAGGGACUUCUACCUGAGGAGAAAACGUUGCGGGAAAUCAAAGUAACGAACGGAGCGAAAAUCAUGGUUGUUGGCUCUACUAUCAAUGAUGUCUUAGCGGUAAAUACACCCAAAGAAGCUGCUCAACAGGAGGUCAAAGCUGAAGAAAAUAAAAAGGAGCCGCUUUGCAGACAAAAGCAACACAGAAAAGUAUUGGAUAAAGGAAAACCUGAUGAUGUGAUGCCUUCCGUUAAAGGCGUUCAGGAGCGCCUGCCAACAGUGCCAUUAUCUGGCAUGUACAACAAGUCAGGGGGGAAAGUAAGAUUGACCUUUAAACUUGAGCAAGACCAGCUAUGGAUUGGUACAAAAGAGAGAACAGAAAAGUUACCCAUGGGGUCCAUUAAAAAUGUGGUGAGUGAACCUAUUGAAGGACAUGAGGAUUAUCACAUGAUGGCAUUUCAGCUGGGCCCAACAGAAGCGUCUUACUACUGGGUCUAUUGGGUACCAACUCAAUAUGUUGAUGCAAUCAAAGACACGGUGCUGGGAAAGUGGCAGUAUUUUUGAAAGCACGCUCACCUCUGGCACAGGAAAAUGACACAAAGCUAAGGACACUGCUGGGAGAGGCCUCCAACAUCCCUGGAUGUGAUAGUCCUGGAACUUAUUAAUAAAACAUGCUAAACGAGGCAUUGAUGGAAGCCAGAGGUGAUGUUCUUUCACCAUUAGUUUACUUUUAACUUAAAAAUUUCACCAUCCCUUUUCUGCAGUCAGCUUCAACCAUAUUUAAAGCAAAUACAAUGGAAAUCAAUAAAUCUUCAUUCACAAAAUAUUGUGUGUAAUACACUUAAAUCUGCUGAGAGUUGAUCUUCCAAUUUAGUUUUAAAAAGAAGAUAUGACGAUGUAUUAUUGAGGAUUUUUUACAUGGUUUGAACAAAAAUAUUUUCAUAAUCUUUCAGUUACAAGCGUUAGGCUUAAUUUAGUUACUUGGUUGUGACUGAGAAUUUCAGAAACAGUUUUUUAAAAAUAAACUUUAAACAGUAUGCAAAAUUGACGUUUAGUAAGCCAUAUUCUGCUGGCCCUUUGAUUUCAGGUUUGACUCUUUGGUAGCAAAAUUUUUUUUUUUUUUAAAACCCAAAGAUGCCCUGCUUUUUUUCUUUUUGUUCUUUUUCCCCCCCCCCCCAAUGCUGGCUGCCCUGGGCUGGUGCUUGGUGCGGCGCGUCUGGAGCCGACGGACGCCCCGCGGGUGUUUGGCGAUAGCGACGGACCCGGUGCUGCUCGCUGUCCCCUUCCGUGCCGUUAGCCCCCCUCCCACCCGCGCUCCUCUCUGCCUGUUCGCUCCCGAGGGUGCUACAUUUUAGGAGCAUUUUCUUCCUCCUGCGUGUUGCAGUCCAGACUCCCUGUGCAGCUGUUGGGAUGACGCUGCCCUGUGUGACCAGCAGGACCUGGAACGCGCUGCCCGGGCCGAGCGGGUGGAGCGGGGACCCACGUCUCGCGGGAGCGAGCCAGAGCCCCUCCUGCCUCGUCUGGAGGGAGCGGGCGAGAGAGGAGCUCGGAUGCUGUGUCGGAUCCUAGAUAACUGCAGUAGUCGUUCGUGACCUGGAUUUGAACGUGUGUAGUUCUCUUAUUCAGUGAGUGAGACCAAAUUUAGAGUAUCUAUCCAGCCACCGAUCUUUUUGAAAUUUAAAUCGCCUUUCAGCUUUUCUCUUGCUCAAGUUUACAGGAAGUUCUUGCGUCUCGUCCUGUCUGAAGUCACGCUCCUCGCCUUUGGCUUGGGACGUCCCGCGCGUCAUCUCAGCAAUUCACGUGCCAUUUAUCUCAGGUUUUCUGAACGGACCUUUCAGUCCCGAAAAGGUGCACACCCUUAGCAGAUUGUAUGGUGCAGCCAGACUGAAUCAGUCUGGCUCUGUGUUAAACCUGCAUCUGACGGAUCGCUGUGCUGUGAUUAACGCUGCAGGCUCCGGAUCGCACAGUGCAGGCAGCUCAACGCUUUGUGAAAAUCCUGGAGAAACAGCCGCUUAGGAAUAGCUGAUCUUAGUAUAUUCCACGUCCAUUUUUCACUCUCCUUGAAACAGCCCAGUUGAAACUCAGCAGGUGCAAAUUCCCAAAUGAGUAUUUAUUUUAUUCUUAUUUUAUUUGAGAGACUGGGAAAAGCGUUCACUUUAUGCGAUGUGUUAAGGUUUCGUAUUUACCUGUAGACUCUUGAUAGCAACGUAAGCAGCUUUCGUUUUGUAUUUUCAGUUAGGACAUUCACGCAAUAGGAACUAAAGGUGUUUCAUAUCCUACAUAUAAACUAGUGAUGUGCUUGUUUGCUCUUGUAGCCUGAGGUCUUUCCUCUCCGUUCCCAAGCCCCAGCACGUGUUGUGGCGGCGCUGUCCGUGCCCCGGAGCCGCCUCUCCCCAGGCCCGGAGCGAGCCCGCGCGGGUGCUGGGGUGGCCCGAGCUCACUCAGAGCGUUGCAAGUUAAAGGCAGCUGUUGCACUUCGGAUCGCCAGCCCUGGCGUCAAGGCCCCGAUUUCGAAUGCGGUACCUGGUGGGAAGUCUGCGCUGCAGGGUGAGGGGAACGGGCGACGUUGGCUCUUUCUGUCACUCGGGGUCACCUUUUCACUCGCUGUCCGGUCGUGCUGUGCCUGUCGGCUCCCCCUCGCUGCUUGACUUGCUCGGACCUGUCUGUACCUCUGUUCAAUUCCAUUUUCCUUUCCUGUUCUCCCGUUUGCUCCCUGAGAGGACACGUCUCUUAGUUCCAGCUCCUCCCCGGAGUGCCCGUGGCUUCUGUGCUCGACGCAGCGACGGGGUGAGUAGGUGCUGCUGCUCGUGCGGGUGCCCCGGCCGAGGCGGGGGGGCACCUCGGGCCCGGGGUACAGGGUGAUGGAACCUCCCUCCCUGCCCCUCGCGGGGGCCCGGGUACUCCGCAUCCUGUGCCAGGGACUGUCAGUCACCUCGGAGGAAACGGGGUAUAAAAGCUCUUGGUCCCAAAGCAGUUCUAAAGAUGGAGAAGAAAACCUAAGAAAAUGUGAUCCGGUUUAGGUGCUUCUGUUCAAGUUGGAUUUGAUUUGGAAAAGGAAAUGGUUUUACUUUUUUGUUCUAGGUGGAAAAUUUGAGUUAAAAUACAGGAAAGCACUACUUACACAAAACGCUUAAAUUGGUGUUUGUCAGCUUAACGUAGUAGUUUUCUUGGGAGUUCUUUAAAAUGAAUGUUCCAGUGGAACUUAGCAGCACCACUUUUAAGAUGCUUUUGGAAUGAUGUGCAGCUUUAUCUUCUGGUAUAUACUGAUUUUUCCCAGGCAAUUACUGAUUAUUAACAUGUAAGAAAACACCAUCUCUAGUUCAAGUGUUGCAGCUGGGCAGCUGUUUGCUGGCCCCUCUCUUAAUUUAGAUUUCACUCUCUGGUACCUGUGAUCACCUCCAGGGCAGGGGCAGCGUAACGGCUGCUCCUGGGCAGGAACUGGGCGUCAGUCCUCAGCGAGCCACGAGCGUGGUGAGUGAAGGGCAAAUACAGUCAGUAUUUUGAGUUGGCUGCUAGAGGUUGUUCUGAGAUCCAACGUGUGACCUGCCGUAGGAAGCCUGUGGCAGUACCUGCCCGUUCUGGCGCGGGAGUUCAUGCCAGUUCAAUUCCAGUUUAACGACGCCCGUUCCAUGGAGGUCGGUUCCCUGCUGCGUGUGCCUGUAACUCCCUGUGAGCGUUUUGGGGCACGAUUCCUUAGGAAGGCGAGUGCAGCUUUGGGCUUAAAACUCGGGGGUUAAAGGAUCCGCAGCACCGCGCGGGUUCCCACAGAACACGGCCGCUGUGUCACGCUGCGCCGGGGGUUCCUGCUGCACCCGGGGCUCUGCGUCGCUCCGGGACGGCCCUGAGUGUCCCGGCUGCCCCGUGCCCCGGCCCCUUCCCCAUGCCCUGUGCUCCGCGUUUCUUCUCGCCUCGUCCGAGCUCAGUAUUCCUCCUCCUGACUGUGCGUCCCAGGUGGGGUAGUGCUGCAUCGGGAGUCUGUCACUAACCCGGAUUUGGGUCCGAACGGAGGUUCUAUCUUGCACAAAAUUCUUGUGUUACAAGUUUUUCAUAUCAAGAUUAAAGCAAAUCAUUAAUUUCCAUUGUUUCAGAAAUGUGUAACUUAAAAAAGGGUGUUGUGCUGAUGGAGGAGGAGGAGUGAUCUGAAUUCAGAGAACUAGGUAAGAGCCCGUUAACGGGCACGGGGCGUCGCAGCUGGUAACACGCACAAGUGCUGCCUGGGCAGCGGGGGCCGCGGCUGCCCCGAGCUCUGAGGGCCAAGGAGAAGCAGGUCGGGGGCCGUGGUGGCGGCGGGUCGGCCCCUGCAGCCGCGCCGCGCCGUGCCCGCCCCCGUGCCAGCUCUCUUCCACGCUUCCCUCCUCCUCUUUGCUUUUUCUCCCUCUGUGACUUGCUUUUUCCAACGGACUGUCCCCAUUUCGAGUUCCGUGCUCCGGCCUUUCGCCGCCUGUUAGCGUUGUUGCUGGCAUCUCGUUUUGUUAAUUAACGUCCUCGUCGCUGGGGAGGGAGGAGGGGGACCAGGAGAGCUGUAGCAUGUGGCCGUUUUACCUUCUAGCCAAGGACUCGCUUUCUGUGGCUCAUGGAAGUUCACUAUGUCUUAUCCAUACUCGAAGCAAUUUGUUCUUUAGUUUUAUAUUAAAAUAAAACAAGUCUUAGGUAUUUGUGUCCGCUGCAGAUUUAUUUUAAAUGGAAUAUGUAAGUACCAUGUAUUAUGGUAUUUUUAAAUAAUCUAUUGCCUAUUUCAGGGGAGGGGGAGAUGACAAAUAUUUAGUCUUAGAUUUGCACUGCUGGAUUUUUAAAGUGUAACCUUGACUGGUUAUCCUAUUGUUUUAUUCUGUAAGAUUAGUCCUAUGAAUUAAAGUUUGAUAAUUAA